AUGUCUGCACCACCACCACCUCCUCCAGGCUGGGACGCUCCUCCCCCGCCACCACCUGGAGCUGCUCCUCCCGGCGCUCUUGCCCCUCCUCCGCCUGGAUACAAACCUCAAGCCGACCCUCACAUUGCCAAGUUCGCCGACAAGAAGCAAAAAUGGUUGCGCAUGCAGAGACAACGCUUUGGAGAGAAGAGACGCGGAGGUUUCGUCGAGACACAGAAGGCUGAUAUGCCGCCGGAGCAUUUGCGAAAGAUUGUAAAGGACAUUGGAGAUGUUUCGCAAAAGAAGUUCAGUUCGGACAAGAGAAGUUAUCUGGGUGCUUUGAAGUUCAUGCCGCAUGCCGUCUUGAAGCUCCUGGAGAACAUGCCUAUGCCGUGGGAGAGUGUUCGCGAAGUCAAGGUUCUAUACCACGUCAACGGAUGCUUGACAUUGGUCAACGAGAUCCCUCGUGUCAUCGAACCAGUCUUCCAUGCGCAAUGGGCUUCCAUGUGGGUAGCCAUGAGAAGAGAAAAGAGUGACAGAAGACACUUCAAGCGUAUGCGCUUCCCUCCCUUCGAUGAUGAAGAGCCGCCACUCUCAUGGUCUGAGAACAUCGAGGAUGUCGAGCCACUCGAGCCCAUUCAGCUGGAACUGGACGAGGACGAUGAUGCCGCCAUCUACGAGUGGUUCUACGAUGCCCGCNCCCUACUGGACACCUCACAUGUCAACGGACCUGGAUACAAGAAAUGGAACCUGUCAUUACCGCAAAUGGCCGCUCUUCACCGUAUGAGCACGCCUCUGCUUAGUGACCUAGUAGAUAAGAACUACUUCCAUCUGUUCGACCUACCCAGUUUCCAGACUGCAAAGGCUCUCAACGUUGCCAUCCCUGGUGGCCCUCGUUUCGAGCCCCUGUACAAGGAUAUCGAUCCCAACGACGAGGACUUUGGCGAGUUCAACGCUAUCGACCGCAUCAUUUUCCGUGCUCCUAUCAAGACCGAAUACCGCGUCGACUUCCCUUUCCUUUACAACUCUCUUCCUCGCAGCGUCAAGCUCAGCACAUACUCUCACCCUCAGACUGUUUACCAAAGGACGACGGACCCCAGUCUUCCUGCCUUCUACUUCGAUCCCGUCAUCAAUCCCAUCUCUUCGAGAGCCGUUGCUCCUAAGAACUUGACUGUGAGCCAUGAGGAUGAGAUUUUCGGCCCUGGCAACAACGAAGACGAGGAGUUUGAGAUGCCUGGUGAGAUUGAGCCUUUCUUGUCCGAUGAAGAUCUCUACAACGACGAGACUGCUGCAGCCAUUCAGCUUUGGUGGGCACCUUACCCUUUCGACCGCCGCUCAGGCAGGAUGGUUCGUGCUGAAGAUGUCCCUCUCGUCAAGCAGUGGUACCUCGAACAUGUUCCAGGCGGUCAGCCCGUCAAGGUCCGAGUCUCUUACCAGAAGCUGCUGAAGAGUUAUGUUCUCAACGAGUUGCACAAGAAGCCACCAAAGGCCCAAAACAGGCAAAACUUGAUGAGCACUCUCAAGCAGACAAAGUUCUUCCAGCAGACCACCAUUGAUUGGGUUGAGGCAGGUCUUCAAGUCUGCAGACAGGGUUUCAACAUGCUCAACCUGUUGAUCCACCGCAAGAACUUGACUUACCUGCAUCUUGAUUACAACUUCAACUUGAAGCCCAUCAAGACUUUGACUACUAAGGAGCGCAAGAAGUCGCGCUUCGGUAACGCCUUCCACUUGAUGCGUGAAAUCCUCCGUUUGACCAAGCUUAUUGUCGAUGCUCAGGUACAGUACAGACUUGGUAACAUUGAUGCUUUCCAGCUUGCCGAUGGUAUCUUGUAUGCCUUCAACCACGUUGGUCAGCUUACUGGUAUGUACCGUUACAAGUACAAGCUUAUGCACCAGAUUCGUACUUGCAAGGACUUGAAGCAUUUGAUCUACUACAGAUUCAACUCCGGCCCCGUUGGUAAAGGUCCUGGUUGUGGUUUCUGGGCUCCUGCAUGGAGAGUCUGGCUCUUUUUCAUGAGAGGUAUUAUUCCUCUUCUCGAGCGCUGGUUGGGUAACCUCCUCUCGAGACAGUUCGAAGGUCGUCACAGUAAGGGUGUUGCCAAGACAGUCACUAAGCAGAGAGUCGAGUCUCACUUCGAUCUUGAGCUGCGUGCCUCAGUCAUGGCUGAUCUGAUGGACAUGAUGCCUGAGGGUAUCAAGCAAAACAAGGUCAACCUUGUUCUUUCGCAUCUGUCAGAGGCUUGGAGAUGCUGGAAGUCCAACAUUCCCUGGAAGGUUCCUGGUCUUCCUGCACCCAUCGAGAACAUCAUCCUUCGUUACGUCAAGAGUAAGGCUGAUUGGUGGAUCUCCGUCGCCCACUACAACCGUGAGCGUAUUCGAAGAGGUGCUACUGUCGACAAGACUGUCGCUAAGAAGAAUCUUGGUCGUUUGACUCGUCUGUGGUUGAAGGCUGAGCAGGAACGCCAGCACAACUACAUGAAGGAUGGUCCUUACGUCUCCUCUGAAGAAGCUGUCGCCAUUUACACCACCACAGUUCACUGGCUUGAAUCGAGAAAGUUCCAGCCUAUCCCCUUCCCCAGUGUUUCGUACAAGCACGACACCAAGAUUCUCAUUCUUGCUCUUGAGCGUCUGCGUGAGGCAUACUCGGUCAAGGGACGUCUUAACCAGAGUCAGCGUGAGGAGUUGGCCUUGAUUGAACAGGCUUACGACUCACCAGGAACCACUCUUGCACGUAUCAAGCGUUUCCUGCUUACACAGCGUGCAUUCAAGGAAGUUGGUAUUGACAUGAAUGACAACUACUCGACGAUUAACCCAGUCUACGACAUCGAGCCCAUCGAGAAGAUCACAGACGCCUAUCUCGACCAAUACCUCUGGUACCAGGCAGAUCAGAGACACCUCUUCCCCGCCUGGAUCAAGCCUUCGGACUCUGAGGUGCCUCCUCUUCUCACCUAUAAGUGGGCACAAGGUAUCAACAACCUGGACAAGGUCUGGGAGACUGCCGACGGAGAGUGCAAUGUCAUGAUCGAGACUCAGCUGUCCAAGGUCUACGAGAAGAUCGAUCUGACCUUGCUCAACCGCCUCCUACGUUUGAUUAUGGACCACAACUUGGCAGAUUAUAUCUCGUCGAAGAAUAACGUCCAGCUCAACUACAAGGACAUGAACCACACCAACAGCUAUGGUAUGAUCCGUGGUCUCCAAUUCUCAGCUUUCGUGUUCCAGUACUACGGUUUGGUCAUCGAUCUGCUGUUGCUCGGUCUACAACGCGCCAGUGAGAUUGCGGGUCCUCCUAACGCACCAAACGACUUUUUACAAUUCAGAGAUCGUGCUGCCGAAACUAGACAUCCUAUUCGUCUAUACACAAGAUAUGUCGACAGAAUCUGGGUGUUCUUCCGUUUCACCGCGGAUGAGUCCCGCGACUUGAUCCAACGCUUCUUGACCGAACAGCCUGACCCGAACUUCGAAAACGUUAUUGGUUACAAGAACAAGAAGUGCUGGCCUCGUGAUUCUCGUAUGAGGUUGAUGCGUCACGAUGUUAACUUGGGUAGAGCCGUCUUCUGGGACAUGAAGAACCGCCUGCCUAGAUCAGUAACCACCAUUGAGUGGGACGACACCUUCGCCUCUGUCUACAGCAGAGACAAUCCUAACCUUCUCUUCUCAAUGUGCGGUUUCGAGGUCCGUAUUCUGCCCAAGAUUCGUAAUCAGAACGAGGAGUUCCCUACCAAGGACAGUGUCUGGUCUCUCGUAGACAAUUCUACCAAGGAGAGAACAGCCCACGCAUUCUUGCAGGUUACUGAGGAGGAUAUCGCCAAGUUCAACAACCGCAUUCGUCAAAUCCUGAUGUCUUCUGGAUCUACUACGUUCACGAAGAUUGCCAACAAGUGGAACACUGCUUUGAUUGCGCUCUUCACAUACUACCGUGAAGCUGCUGUCAGCACUGUCAACUUGCUCGAUACCAUUGUCAAGUGCGAAACCAAGAUUCAGACUCGUGUCAAGAUUGGCCUCAAUUCGAAGAUGCCUAGUCGUUUUCCUCCUGCUGUGUUCUAUACUCCUAAAGAACUCGGUGGUUUGGGUAUGAUUUCGGGUAGUCACAUCCUGAUUCCUGCAAGCGACAAGCGUUGGUCAAAGCAGACAGAUACCGGUGUCACCCACUACCGUGCUGGUAUGUCUCACGACGAAGAGACCUUGAUCCCCAACAUUUUCAGAUACAUUAUUCCAUGGGAGGCCGAGUUCGUUGACUCGCAGCGCGUCUGGACCGAAUACUCGCAGAAGCGUCUCGAAGCCCAACAGCAAAACCGCCGUCUGACUUUGGAGGAUCUCGAAGACAGCUGGGAUCGCGGUCUUCCACGUAUCAACACCCUCUUCCAGAAGGACAGAAGCACGCUCAGUUUCGAUAAGGGUUUCAGAGCUCGCACCGAGUUCAAGAUCUACCAGCAGAUGAAGAGCAACCCCUUCUGGUGGACCUCUCAGCGCCAUGAUGGUAAGCUGUGGAACCUCAACGCAUACAGAACGGAUGUCAUCCAGGCUCUUGGAGGUGUUGAGACCAUCCUCGAGCACACUUUGUUCAAGGCAACUGCCUUCCCUUCAUGGGAGGGAUUGUUCUGGGAACGCGCAAGUGGUUUCGAAGAGAGCAUGAAGUUCAAGAAAUUGACUAACGCCCAAAGAUCGGGUCUGAACCAAAUUCCUAACCGUCGCUUCACCCUUUGGUGGUCACCGACGAUCAACCGUGCCAACGUCUAUGUUGGUUUCCAGGUUCAACUUGAUUUGACUGGUAUCUUCUUGCACGGCAAGAUUCCUACCCUAAAGAUUUCGCUGAUUCAGAUUUUCCGUGCCCAUUUGUGGCAAAAGAUUCACGAAUCCGUUGUCAUGGAUCUGUGUCAGGUCUUUGACCAGGAGCUUGAAGCUCUUGGUAUCGAGACUGUUCAGAAGGAGACUAUCCAUCCCAGAAAGAGUUACAAGAUGAACUCGUCAUGUGCUGAUAUCCUUCUGUUCGCCAGUCACAAGUGGAGUGUCAGCACACCAAGCUUGUUGUACGACACCAAGGACAACAUGGGACAGACUACCACAAACAAGUUCUGGGUCGAUGUUCAGCUUCGCUAUGGUGAUUACGACUCUCACGACAUUGAGCGUUAUGUCCGUGCCAAGUACCUCGACUACACUUCGGACAGCAUGAGUAUCUACCCAUCUGCUACUGGUUUGAUGAUUGGUAUUGAUCUUGCUUACAACCUGUACUCUGCCUAUGGACAGUACUUCCCCGGUCUCAAGCAGCUUGUUCAGCAGGCUAUGGCCAAGGUCAUGAAGGCUAACCCUGCCCUUUACGUUCUUCGUGAGCGUAUUCGCAAGGGUCUGCAAUUGUAUGCUUCUGAGAGCAACCAAGAAUUCCUCAACUCUCAGAACUACUCUGAGCUGUUCAGCAACCAGAUUCAGCUCUUCAUCGAUGACACAAACGUCUACCGUGUCACCAUUCACAAGACCUUUGAAGGUAACUUGACCACCAAGCCCAUUAACGGUGCUAUCUUCAUUUUCAACCCCAGGACUGGUCAGCUUUUCUUGAAGAUCAUUCACACCAGUGUAUGGGCAGGUCAGAAGCGUCUCGGUCAAUUAGCGAAAUGGAAGACGGCAGAAGAAGUCGCGGCUCUCAUUCGUUCAUUGCCCGUCGAAGAACAACCCAAGCAACUGAUCGUCACCAGAAAGGGUCUGCUUGAUCCUCUCGAGGUUCACUUGCUUGACUUCCCCAACAUCUCCAUUCGUGCUUCGGAGCUGCAAUUGCCUUUCCAGGCUGCGAUGAAGGUCGAGAAGCUUGGAGACAUGAUCUUGCGUGCCACCGAGCCUCAGAUGGUGCUCUUCAACUUGUACGAUGAAUGGCUCAAGUCCAUCUCGUCCUACACUGCCUUCUCGCGUCUUAUCUUGAUCUUGCGUGCUCUGCACGUCAACCAGGACAAGACUAAGCUUUUGCUUCGUCCUGACAAGACUGUCAUUACACAGGAGCACCACAUCUGGCCGACAUUGUCUGACGAUGAUUGGAUCAAGGUUGAAACGCAGUUGCGUGACCUGAUUCUGAACGACUACGGAAAGAAGAACAAUGUCAACGUCUCUUCUUUGACUCAGAGCGAAGUCAGAGACAUCAUUCUGGGUAUGGAGAUUAGCGCACCCAGUAUGCAGAGACAACAGGCUGCCGAGAUCGAGAAGCAACAGGAGGAGCAAGCACAGCUCACUGCUGUUACCACGAAGACUCAGAAUGUGAAUGGUGAGGACAUUGUUGUCACCACCACAUCUCAGUUCGAGCAGCAGACCUUCGCCUCGAAGACUGAGUGGAGGACACGAGCAAUCGCCACAUCAAACCUUCGUACUCGCGCCAACAACAUCUACAUUUCUUCCGAGGACAUUCGUGAUGAUGAGGAGCACUUCACCUACAUCAUGCCCAAGAACAUUCUCAAGCGCUUCAUCACCAUCGCCGAUCUUCGUGUCCAGGUUGCUGGUUACCUGUAUGGUUCAUCACCACCAGACAACAAGCAGAUCAAGGAAGUCAAGGCUAUCGUCAUGGUACCUCAAGUUGGCAACACUCGCGACAUUCAGCUUCCUCGCAACCUGCCCGAGAAUGAUAUCCUCAACUCUCUUGAGCCUCUCGGAUGGAUUCACACAAGUGCCGGCAAUGAGACAAGUUACAUGACGGCACAAGAUGUCACUCAACACGCCCGCCUUAUGAACCAGCACGACUCCUGGGACAAGAAGACCGUCACCAUGACAGUCUCCUUUACCCCUGGUUCAGUUUCGCUGUCCGCCUGGUCGCUCACUCCCUCAGGCUACACAUGGGGUGCCGAGAACAAGGACAUGUCAUCUGAUCAACCCUCUGGCUUCAACCCAGGCGCUGGCUUCGGCGAGAAGUCUCAGCUUCUGCUCUCUGACCGCAUUAGAGGAAUGUUCUUCGUUCCUGACGAUGAGAGGUGGAACUGGUCAUUCAUGGGCUCAGGCUUCGGUGACAAGGAGAAGGGUCGCAUCUACGUGGAUGUCGGUGUGCCCAAGAGAUUCUACGACGAUGUGCAUAGACCUGUCCACUUCCAGAACUUUGCCGAGCUGGAGGAUGUUUGGGUUGACAGAUCUGAUAACUUGGCUUAG